GGGGGGGGGUGGGGGUGGGGAAUCUGGGGAGGGGGUCAUUGGCCCUUGAGCCUCUUCGAAGGGGUAUUCUGUAUAUUUGGAAUGUAACUUGACUAUCUGCGACUGCGCUGCAGCAUCUGAUAUGUUUUAAGCUGUUGUAUUAUGCAUGUUGGUUUGAUUUCUUGCUCAGUUGCUUAUUGUUGAGUAUUGCUUAGUUGCUUAUUAGGACUGGAGUGAUGACUUUUACUUUUACAUCCUCAAAGAGACUAAGAGAGUGCCAACACCAUAUUUCUUUGAGUUGAUCGUUCGUUUGAGAGUGCCAACAUCAUACUAGUACAUUUGUUCAUUCUCUUUUGAUCCCGUUUGUCAUAUGAUUUUUUUAAGCUGUAUUUUACUACCCUACCCCUUUUGCCGUUAAGUUAUCCGUGAUUCCUAUCCGCUACAAAGGUCAAUAGUGUAAUUUUUUAAUAUUAAAAAAUAAAAAAAAGGAUAUAAUAUGUGCAGUAUAUAUAUGGUACUUUUUUUAUUUUAUCUUGAAAUAUACUACUCCGAACAUAUUUUGUAUCCUUAUUGUAUUAGGUUUCCUAAUGAGGAUAUAAUCAAAUUGGAGUGUGUAACAAAAAAUACAUAUAUAGUUCCAAUUAAAGUUUCAAAAGUAAAACAUAAUAAUAAAAAAAAAGUAUCAAAAUACAUUCAUCAGGUUUUCCCAAAAUUUAAACACAUCAUGACGAAGAAUUUGACUGCAAACAACUUCGACUCCGAAGACAUGGUGGAUUUCAAUGAUGAGGAUUUCACACAUGUGGAAAAAAAACAGUGCACCACGCACCGUCGGUACUGCCGGAUUUCCCACGACAUCCGCCUCGCAAUGAAAUUCAGCUUAAAAGUGGCCAACAACAUCUUGCAAGAAAAUCUUACCAUUGAUAAUCCUAAGAAUGUUGUUUGUUCCCCACUUUCGAUGGACGUCUUGCUCAACAUGAUUGCCCUUGGUGCAAAGGGGUCGACGCUAGGUCAGCUCAUGGAGCUUCUCGGGUGUGGUAGCGUGGAUGACUUUAUGGCCAGGGCGUCCGUGUUAGCCAGUAUCCUCCAAGAAGCUAAGGAUGAUGAACUAGGAUUAUCUUCCGUCAAUGCAUUAUGGGUUGAUCUAAUCUAUACCCUAAAUGCGUCGUUCCAAAAGGUUGUGAGGGAUUUGUACAAAGCUGAGUCUAAGGCUGUUGAUUUUGUGAAUCAGGUUGAUGAAGUGGUAAAAGAAGUAAACUUAUGGGCUGAAAAAGAAUCAAAAGGUUUGAUAAAAGAACUCAUCACAAACGAGUCCCUUUCUAGUAGCACAGUUAUGCUAUUGGUAAAUGCUUUGUACUUCAAAGGAACUUGGGUUAAGAAAUUCAAGCCAGAAUACACAAAAGAUGAAGUCUUUUACUUGCUCAAUGGAGAAAAAAUUCAAGUACCCUUCAUGAACAAAACUUACACGCACUACGACUACGGAACCUUUGAGGGAUGUCAAGUUCUAAGGAUGUUGUAUGAAGAAGAGGAGGAAUUCCUGAAGGGCGAAACAAAAAGGAGCUUUUCUAUGUACAUCUUCCUCCCGGACACCAAGGACGGGUUGUCGAAUUUGUUGGACACGAUACAAAUGAAUUCAAGUAUGUUCAAGGACAAGAUAAAGCUUAAGUAUGAACAAAUUGACAACCUUUCGAUUCCAAAAUUUGAUUUUGAAUGCGAGCAUUCACUUCGCCAGCCUAUGACAAAGUUGGGAUUGACACUGCCGUUUGAUGUGGAUUGUAAGGAUCUUGGUAAAAUUAUAGAGUCCUCUGCUUCGGGUGAUGAGCAACAACUCUAUAUCUCGGACGUGAUUCAGAAGUGUCGGGUUGAAACCGACGAAGUAGGAACGAAAGCCGUGGCUUUCACUAAGGCCGUACUUUUGUGUGGAGGUUUAGGAUUUAGAACGCCUCCACCCCCUAUUAACUUUGUGGCUGAUCAUCCUUUUCUGUUCAUGAUUAUGGAUGAUUAUUCGGGUGCGAUACUUUUCAUUGGCACUGUACUUAAUCCUUUACAAGGUUAGGCAACAUAGCAAAAUCAUCACUUAUGGUCUUAUGGAUGCAAUUAUGCUGCUUAGUACUUACUGCCAUGGAAGGGAUUAAGUCUUGUUUAAAAUUUUACUAGUUAUUUUCAUUUUUUAUUUUAAAAACUGUAUUUUUUUACUAU